UUUUGUAGUAAAUAGUCUUCUGCUGAGCCAAAAUGUUAGAUUAUUUUAGCCUUGAUAUCAAAUAUCUAGCUGCAGCAGUUCUAGCCUUAGUUAUAGCAGUGUUAGUUGCCGAAAAACAUGGCCGGAGAAGAAAACGCCACCCCAUUGCAGGAACUGUUUUCCACCAACUUGUCAAUUUCAACAGGCUACAUGAUUACAUGACAGAUCUUGCAAGAAAGCACAGCAGUUAUAGGCUGCUUAGCUUAUCAAGCAGUGAAGUGUACACUUCAGACCCCACAAAUGUGGAAUAUAUCCUCAAGACAAAUUUUUCAAACUAUGGCAAGGGACGGCAUCAGUAUGAAAUCCUGAGGGACCUAUUGGGAGAUGGGAUAUUCACAGUGGAUGGAGAAAAGUGGAGACAUCAGAGAAAGGCAGCAAGCUAUCAAUUUUCCUCCAAGCUUUUGAGAGAUUACAGCAGUUCAGUUUUCAAAGGGAAUGCUAUAAAACUUGCUGCAAUAGUGUCUGAAGCAGCAAUCUCAAAUCAAGCAAUUGAAAUCCAAGACUUACUUUUCAAAUCAACCAUGGACUCAGUAUUUAAUAUAGUACUAGGUGUAGAACUGGACACUAUGGGUGGAACAUAUGAAGAAGGCACCAAAUUCUCUAGUUCUUUUGAUGAUGCAAGUGCAAUUACUAUACUUAGGUAUAUUGACGUUUUCUGGAAGGCGAAGCGGUUUUUGAACAUAGGACAAGAAGCUUUACUAAAGAAACAUGUCAGAGUUGUAGAUGAAUUUGUGUAUAAUGUGAUUAAAAGCAAGACUGAGAAAGUCCAUAAUCAAGAUGAUAAGCCUGUGAGGAAAGACCUUUUGUCAAGGUUUUUAGAAUUGGAUGAGACCGAUCCGAAGUACCUGAAAGACAUCAUCUUGAGUUUCAUCAUAGCUGGAAAAGAUACAACAGCCACUACUCUUUCAUGGUUCCUUUUCCGGCUAUGCAAGCUUCCUCAUGUGCAGGAAAAGAUUGCACAAGAAGUCAAAGAUGCAACAGGGUUAUCAGAUUUUUCAAAGCCUGAGGAGGAGUUUGCAGCUAAUAUAACUGAAGAAGCUCUUGAAAAAAUGCAGUAUCUACAUGCAGCUUUGACAGAGACACUAAGACUCUACCCUGCUGUUCCAUGGGACGCAAAGAUUUGUUUCUCAGAUGAUGUGUGGCCAGAUGGAUUCUAUGUGAAGAAAGGUGAUGUUGUGGCAUACCAACCUUAUGCCAUGGGAAGGAUGAAAUCAUUGUGGGGUGAUGAUGCUGAAGAGUUCAAACCAGAAAGGUGGCUUGACAUAGAUGGAAAGUUUCAGCAAGAAAGCCCUUUCAAAUUCACAGCUUUCCAGGCGGGUCCAAGAGUUUGUCUUGGGAAGGAUUUCUCAUACAGACAGAUGAAAAUCUUCUCUGCUAUCCUCUUAGGCAGCUACAAAUUCAAGUUGGUUGAUGAACACAAAUCAAUACAUUAUAGAACUUCACUUACUCUGCAUCUGGAUGGAGGUCUGUAUCUGUAUGCUUAUAGAAGAUUUGGAUAUUCAAAUUCAUAGAUAUCAGAAUGCUUUAUUCUCUUUGUAUUGUACACUAAGAAAACAGAAUUGUUGUGCCAAAUUGUUGUGUAUUUGCAUAACAAGAAUGGGAAAACAAAUAUA